CAGAAAUCAAGCUGACAACAGACAAAGAUUUCUCUUCGAAAUGCAAUGCUAAUGUAUUAUACGUCGAUUAUGAGAAUAUGCCCAAUAUUCUUAAGCCUGGAGCCCAUGUAUUCAUUGAUGAUGGACUCAUUUCACUGGUGGUUAAUAGCAUCCAGGGUAAAGAUAUAAUGUGUACGAUCGAGAAUGGCGGUAAAUUAGGCAGCAAAAAGGGGGUCAAUCUUCCUGGUACUAAAUGUGAUCUGCCUGCCGUUUCGGAAAAAGACACUCAAGAUUUGAAAUUCGGUAUUGAACAGGGCGUUGAUAUGAUAUUUGCGUCGUUUAUUCGAAACGCUGAAGGCGUGCAUGCGAUUCGUCGUAUUCUUGGCGAAAAAGGAAGAUUUAUUAAAAUUAUAGCAAAAAUUGAAAAUCAGGAAGGCAUCGAAAACGCAAAUGAGAUAAUCAAAGCAGCAGAUGGAUUGAUGAUAGCACGCGGUGAUUUGGGUAUCGAAAUUCCCACUGAGAAAGUAUUCGCGGCGCAAAAAAUGCUAAUCGCACGAUGUAACGCAGUUGGAAAACCCGUGGUGUGUGCUACUCAAAUGCUUGAAUCAAUGACUAAGAAGCCAAGACCUACCCGAGCUGAGG